GGCUUCCAAGCGGGUAUUGGAGGAGGAGAGGGAGGGUACUUGUGUACGGCAUCUCGUGAGCACUGUUUCCCUUCGCUGCCACAGCGCGGCAGCAUGCUCGCAAUCCGCGGUACUCAAUUUAAUCUCAUGUUGGGGAGGUCUAAAGUUGCCGCUGGAUGCCACAUAUCGACCAUGUGAUGGGAGCAGACAUACCCAUAAAAGUGAAACCUCCUGGCACAUCCAAGUUAAACUGAUAAUAGAGAAAGUUGACCGCCAAACUGGGGAGUAUACAUACCUACACCAUGGAGAGGCGAAGAAGCAUCAGAGAACCUUACGGCAGCUUCGGCGUGAACAUUUAGACUUCAUGGAACGCAAAUGUGCACAUUUAUUUUAUUAACUGUGAGGAAAGUUACGUGAGAAUAUACAAUGCUUAUAAAUGGAAGUAAUCUGAACAGUUCUUCGCAGGACCUUAACGAGCAACCUCUAAAUAGACCUCCGUGGGUCAUUACAACUUUGGGCUGCUUCUUGAUAUUCACAAUAGUGGUUGAUAUUCUGGGGAACCUUUUGGUGAUUUUCUCCGUCUAUAGAAACAAGAAGCUGAGGAACGCAGGUAACAUCUUCGUGGUGAGCCUGGCAGUGGCAGACCUGGUGGUGGCCAUCUACCCGUACCCCCUGGUGCUGACGUCCAUCUUCCAUAACGGAUGGAACCUGGGCUUCUACCACUGCCAGAUCAGCGGCUUCCUCAUGGGCCUCAGCGUGAUCGGCUCCAUCUUCAACAUCACCGGCAUCGCCAUCAACCGCUACUGCUACAUCUGCCACAGCCUCAAGUACGACAAGCUGUACAGCGACAAGAACUCCGUGUGCUACGUGCUGCUCAUCUGGGUGCUGACGGUGGUAGCCAUCGUGCCCAACCUGUUCGUGGGCUCGCUGCAGUACGACCCGCGCGUCUACUCGUGCACCUUCGAGCAGUCGGCCAGCUCGGCGUACACCAUCGCCGUGGUCUUCUUCCACUUCAUCCUGCCCAUCAUGAUUGUCUCCUACUGUUACCUGCGCAUCUGGAUCCUGGUGAUCCAGGUGAGGCGGCGCGUCAAGCCCGACAACCGGCCCAAGCUGACACCACAUGAUGUCCGCAACUUCGUCACCAUGUUCGUGGUGUUCGUGCUGUUCGCCGUCUGCUGGGCGCCGCUCAACUUCAUCGGCUUGGCUGUGGCCAUCGACCCAGCCACUGUUGUGCCGCUCAUCCCUGAGUGGCUCUUCGUGGCCAGCUACUUCAUGGCCUACUUCAAUAGCUGCCUUAACGCCAUCGUCUACGGCGUGCUAAACCAGAAUUUCCGGCGCGAGUACAAGCGCAUCGUGGUGUCGCUGUGCACGGCGCGCAUAUUCUUACAGGACAGUUCCAACGACGCGGUCGAGAGGCUCAAGAGCAAACCCUCGCCCCUCAUGACCAACAACAACCAGGUCAAAGUGGACUCUGUCUGAGUGAUGGACCAGAGAGAAAACAAAACAAACAAACGAACAAACAAAACAGAGGUCAGGGGAGAGUUAAGAGAAAAGGAAAGUGCUGUACGAACAAAUGUGAGUGAAACUGAAAAUGGUUCAUCAGAAACCAGAAUACGAGAACAAACCUGAAUGCACAAACAAGUGAAGCCGAAAUAGAAGAUGCCUACCAAAUGAACAAAAACAAACAGAAAAUAAGCAGCUUCCACUCUACUGUGCUCUCUAUGCCUCUAUACAAUCAAUGAUAAAACAGGGCGGAAUGAAUCACAUAAUUUACCAAGAACUUUCAUUUUGUCUGUUUGUUUAUAUAUAUAUAUAUAUAUGGUUUAUAUAUAUAUAUGAAUUUUAAUUAAAAUGUUGUUGUUGUUUCAAGGUACCUGAAAGGUUAUAUGAUGUCUUUUUUGCUUCAGUGUUUACAGUAAUUAUAUCAACAAAAAAAUGAUGUAAGUGGUAUUAUAUGUAUUUAUUUUAUAUGGAGUAUCUAUAAAUCAACAUAACAAUAUAUGAAUAUAUACAUAUGAAAAAGAAAAAAUGUCACUAGCUGUGACUAUUCAGUGGAGAGUGAAGACGAAAAACUUGUAUCAGUCCAAUGCCAUGAAAAAAAAGCCAGCAACUUUCUACAAAUGCCUGGUCACAACCGUGUACCGUAAAACCAAGAGUUUUUGCUCUGUAGCUGUUACCAGUUUCAAAGAAACAACCUCAAGCAGUGCAACACCGUUCCACUGCCCACAGAGGAAGCAAUACGUCUGAGUCACCACUCUGUCCACACCCUGAAAAAACUAUUCCCAACACUGUGUCGAGGAAACAUGUCUGCAAGUAUGGGAAUUGUCUCUCUUUCUCUCAGCUCUCCCCCUCCCCAUCUUUUCCAUACUCUGUCACCUUUCCCCUCUUUCUCCACCUCAUCAUUUUUUCAGCUUCUUGUAUGCAUGGAUCUGAUGACUUGUUCAUAUGCAAAAUAAAAUAUGAAUAAUAAAAAGGAGAGAUUGCAGAUUA